GAGCCGAAAUCCAGGAAGAAAACACAUAUGGUGUCACCUUGGUGUGAAACAUUAUAAAAGGUCCAGUAAUCAUCUGGUUGCCGAAUUAAACCAGUACGACUAUGGAGGAGAGCAAUAGUGCUCCAGAUCCUGUGGCAUCCAAGCAACCAAACCAAUAUUACCACAUUAACGAAGUCACAUUAUCAAUAAACGGAGCUUCUGAGGUAAUCAGUGGACCUACUGUACAAAACAAUAAUAGGCCACCCAUACCCUCCAGUCCUCCGCCGAUUUACCACAACGAAAUAACGUUACCCAGCGUUGAAAAUACCCCAGUGAAACAAACCUCUCCAACAAAACCAGUGGAAAAUAAACAAAAGCCAGUGGAAAACAAACAAAAGCCAGGGGUAGAUGUUAAACAACCAAAAGCAGUAGAAAAAUUACCAAAGGCAACUGAUGUGCCUACACCUAAACCAAGGACAAUGAAUGAUCCUAAAAGUCACGACGCAACCGAUAGUAGCGGCGGUCUGGACAAUCCUAGUUUCGAGCCUGAUUCUAACAAACGCACCUCCUCCUUUGGCCGACCAACUCCAGUGACCAAUGGUCAUGCUAAAGAAAAAGAAGUUAUGAAGAAUGGUGAACUCAAUGCCGGUGCUAAUUUAAAAUCCCCUAUAAAAAGUAAUGGUGAUACAGAAAUGCACCAAGCCGUCAAUUUAGAAUUGGUCAACAUGGACCCACAUAGAAACGGAUUGCCCGUAAAGAAGGAGACUGAAGUAGAUAUAGGUGAUCCUUAUGAUGAGUAUUUUGUGCCAGUCAACGAACAUAGGAAGUACAUGAGAGGUGAGAAACUGUAUGUGACAAUGGAUAAGAGAACAAAAAGUCGAUGGCGGAAGAUCUUAUGCUGGUCGUUCGGGUUGGCACUGUUGUUUUGCGCUAUUCUGAUUGCCAUAUUAGCUGCAACUGGAGUAAUAUUAACGAACGAUGCAACGCCCAUUGAAACGACAAGCACAGAAUCAAGAGGUUUCAACGAUGUGAAGACGGCAAGUGCUUUUGGAGCAGGAGGAACAGGAGGUACAAUAAGUACUCCGCCGCCGCCUUUGCCCACUGUCCCUCAUAUGCCUCCGACAACUGACAUGUCAAAAUAUGUUCAAUACGUGCCAAAUGCUCUGCAAGGAACUUUAGUCUUAGAUAAUACACAAUUCAGAGAUGAAUUCAACAAUCCUAAUAGCACUGAAUUCCAAAAACUUGCAUCUCAACUUGAAGCUGAACUCAUGAAAUCAUUAUUCGAUCAAAGGACAUUAAAUUAUGGAACGCACAACAUAAGUUUGAAAGUGAUUGAUUUCAAGCCCGGUUCAGUUGUUGUGACCUAUCGAGUUUCAUGGGUUGAAAAAUCAUCUAACAAGCCUGCUCCAAUUGAUGAAAAUUCAAUGAUGGAUAAAAUUAAGCGAAAAUUAAAUGAAAACAAUGGGUACAUAAGUAACUACCACGUGGCUGCAGAAAAAGUCGAAGUAAGUCGUGUUCCUGACAAAUGUGUUAUCGAUAAUAACGGCUGCGCAAUGGGUUGUCAAUACGAAUACUCUUCUGGAGACUUUAGAUGUAUGUGCCCACAAGGCGAGGUUUUAUCGGCAGAUGGUAAAACGUGCACUCGAGGGUACGCAAAUCAUGAUGAUGUUAGUAAUGUUAAUAUGGACCAUGACCAUAGUCAUCACGAUCAUCAUGACCACAAUUACCCUCAUCAUGAUGAAGCCCAAAUGACGUCAUCAACUACGGAAUAUUACAAUGUGGAACGUCAUGCAAAUAUUCCAUUCACAGUUCAAGCCGAUAAUGAACCUAAAGCAGAGCCUGAACCAAGCGCAGAGCCGGAACCCAGUGCAGAACCAGAACCCAGUGCAGAACCUGAACCUAGUGCUGGACCAGAACCUAAUGCAGAACCAGAACCAAGUGCAGAGCCAGAAACAAAACCAGAACCAGCUUCUGAACCCAAGGCUGAGCCUGAGCCAACAACCGAAAAGAUGUUGCAAGCUUAUCCUACCUCCGAUCCUCGAUCAUUUGAUAGAAAUAACCAAGGUGAUCCUAACAGAGUACAUUUCCACGUUUAUUCAAAUGUUUAUGAUGACACAAUUGAUGAAAGCGAAGAACCCAAGGUAGCAGAACCGCCAUCAGAUGAAGAAGCUCAGCAAGAUCAAGUGCAUUUUCAUAACUAUGCAAUGAUGGAAAGUGAAUUUUCUAAUAAAUAUCCUGUACCCCAAACGACACCAGAACCAAGUGUUGAACCUGAACCGACUUCAGAACCCGAAUCGGAUUUGAAACUAUCGGCUGAACACGAAGCGAAACCAGAACCUGAACCAACGUCAGAACCUCAGUCUGAGCCUGAACCGACUUCAGAACCAAAAUCUGAGCCUGAACCGACGUCAGAACCAAAAUCUGAGCCUGAACCGGCAUCAGAACCAAAAUCUGAGCCUGAACCGACAUCAGAACCAAAAUCUGAGCCUGAACCGACAUCCGAACCUAAGUCGGAGCCUGAACCAACAUCAGAACCUAAGCCAGAGCCUGAACUGAUUUCAGAACCUAAGUCUGAACCAACAUCAGAACCUAAAUCUGAGCCUGAACCGACAUCCGAACCUAAAUCUGAGCCUGAGCCGACAUCAGAACCUAAACCUGAGCCUGAACCGACAUCAGAGCCUAAAUCUGAGCCUGAACCGACAUCCGAACCCAAGUCUGAGCCUGAACCGACAUCAGAACCCAAGUCUGAGCCUGAACCGACAUCAGAACCCAAGUCUGAGCCUGAACCGACAUCAGAACCCAAGUCUGAGCCUGAACCGACAUCAGAACCCAAGUCUGAGCCUGAACCGACAUCAGAACCCAAGCCUGAGCAUGAAUCAAUGUCAGAACCUGAGUCUGAGCCUAAACUAACAUCAGAAAUCAAUCCGACGUCGGAACCUGAACCAACAUCAGAACCAAAGUCUGAGCCUGAACCGACCUCAGAACCUAAGUCUGAGCCUGAACCAACAUCAGAACCUGAACCAACAUCAGAACAUAAGUUAGAACCUGAAACGAAAUCUGAAUCGGAUCCUACCUCUGUACCAGUUGUUGAACAUAGCACUGAUUCAGAAACAAAAACAGAAAAGUCUAAAAUUUCUGAAAACGAAUCUGAAUCUAAAUUGGAGGUUGAAAAUACAGAUGGGUUCAAAUUAGAAUCAGUCUCUACGGCUAAACAUGAAGACGAAUCAGAAUCUUCAACAACUAAUAUGAUAGAUGCUACUGAAAAAAACACAUCUCAUGUUGUAUUGUCAAUGAAAGAUGUCCAUGGCAUCAAUAGUUCUAUUCCGGUAUUCAGUGUGUCAAAUGACACUCCUAAAACAGAUAGUAAUGCCACAGAAGAACAUAAGGAUAAUGUGGUUAUUUUCCAACCAGUUUCAGAAGAUAAAAAUGAAACAGAUAGCUCUAGAUAUUUUGUAUUCAUUCCAUCAUCUAAUAUGGAUAACCAAUUAGCUAAUAAUAAUAAUUCAGAAUCAACAACAACAAAAAUAGAAACUCACGUAAGUUAUGAUGAAUCUAUAAGAACCAUUCACGAUUUUUCGGAAAAUGUGCUGCCCUUAGAUACUCAAGGUUAUUCCGUUGUAGAAGAUGUGAAUGAAGAUCCUAAUACCGAGCCACCUAAUGCUAUUUAUACCAUAAGCCCUAAAAAUCAAAAUUUUAUUGGCUCUAGUCAAGAAACUACUUCUGGUCCAUACUUUAGUGAUCAGUCUUUCAGUGGGGAUGAUAAUAGUAAAUCGUACGAAAAGGGUAUCAAAAUCAUAGAAAUUCUACCUGAAUCGCCCGUAAAAGAAUAUAACGCUGGAUAUAAUAAAAAUGAGGCCACGACAGUAGUUUAUAGUUCUGAUCAUACUGUUCCAACAUCAACACCAAAAGUAUAUUCCGUUUACAGCGUACAGGCACAUGGCGACUAUACAGGAAUUAAUGAUUUAACUACGCCUAUUCUCGAUACGCAUGGAAGUUCUGAUACAACGACUCAAAAAUCUACAAAUGAAGAAUCCGACAAAAUUCAAAUUGGAACUACUUAUACUGUGCAUGCAGACUCCCAUAACGAUAUAAUUACAAACACAAAUAACACUGAAGAACCAUCUCAUAAUAAAAGCGAAAUUAACACAGAUAUACCAGCACUAGCAGAAAAUAUGUCUCCUUUUUUGCCAGAAGUUGAAAAUAAUGCUGCAUUAAUCAAUAUUUUACAUAAAGGUCACGAUCUUGAUCUAAAUGAAACGGAUUUUUCUAGUGAACCCAAAGAUAUUAAUGUUAAAGAAAAUUCGACGGUUGGCGUUGAACAUUUCAACCAUAACUUGAGAUCCGGAAUGAACGAAACUUUCAGUGAACCUAUUCUACCGGUUGUUCCAUUAAAUCAAGAUAUGAAUAAUUUAAAAGACGACGAGAUAACGAAACUAUUCAAUGACGUAAUUUCUGGCAGAAAUUUUCAACCUAUAGAACCUAUUGAACCUGAAUAUGAGUCGCAUACUAUGGUGUAUGAUGCGCAAACAGAAUCAGCUAUGAAAGAAAUAGCAUUUAAUAUAUCUGAAAUAAAAUCUGUUGAAAAUCAAUUCGCUGAUCAAACAACUGUGAUGCCAGAAGUGGAAGUGGAGAAGCAAGUAAGCAAUAUGGAUGAUUCCAAAGUUGAAUCUGAAAAUGCCGGUUUUCAAAACACACCAACAGUAAAUACAGUAUAUGAACAAUCUACGAUAUCUGCAGUGGAAUCUACUUCGGUUAAAAAUGUUAAUCAAUAUCAAGUUUUUGAAAACGUAGAAGAAAAUGAAGAUACCCAUAGUACAUCGGAUAUUCAUACGUUGAGACAUACGACUACUGUUAUGAAAAAUUAUAAUGAAGAUCUAGAUGCAAGCUCUGAUGUAAAAUUCACCACCCAACUACCGAAUUCUGCUGAAAAUAUAAUUACGACACUUCCGUCCCUAAUUCAAUUUCUAAGCAACAACUCGCCUACAACUAUAAAAUCUAUGGAAGUUGCUGCUACGGAAAGCAUUCAAGAAUCAUCAACAGCUACAUCUUUUGAUAACGAUGAAAAGAUUGCAUCUAUUAACAACACCAGCACAACAGAAAAUCCAGCAUCUCCGGUACAAGAAGAUAAUUUCUUAAGUGUUUUACCAUUAAACAGCCAGCCUUCAAGAAAUGAAGAUUAUUUGAAUAAAAAGAUUGAGAAAACGUUACUUGAAGAAGCUGAUUUAAACGACAUAGAUGAUCACAAUAAAAAAUUCUCAAAUGAUCAGAAGUUAUUAGAUCAUUCGGCAGCUACAACUACAAAAAACACGGAAAACGAAAAUUUAACACAGAACCAUUUUUUAUCCAAUGAGUCGUUCCUUAACAUCUCAGGAACGACGUUAAACAAAAUGGGGGAUUUAAUAAUAAAUAGCGAAAACAAGAUUGAUGAUGCAUCAAGAUUAUCCACAUGCUUACCUGGGCAAUUUGAAUGUUCAAAUAGUUCAGCAAUUAAAUACAGUAGCAGCUGCAUCAAAUCUGAUAAAAGAUGCGAUGGAGUAAUUGACUGCUUAGAUGGCUCCGAUGAGCUCGGGUGUAUAGAAUCAGGCUGUGAAUAUCAUUUCCAAUGCCGCAAUGGUGCUUGCUUGUCCAGGCAUUUGGUUUGUGACGGUUUGGUCAACUGUGCAGAUGGAAGCGAUGAAAUCGAUUGCGAUCACUGGCAAUGCGGUAAACAUGAGAUGUCCUGUGGAACCGGCAGUAGUUGCGUUCCUCUAAGCAGGCGAUGUGAUGGUCGUCAGGAUUGUUCCUCCGGCUUAGACGAAUCGAAUUGUCCAGGACCGUGCGCUUCUGACCAGUUCCAGUGCGUGCAGCAGGGUAAAUGUAUACCCAUCACAUGGAGGUGCGAUGGCCAGGUCGAUUGCGAAGGCGAUGAGGACGAACUUGCAUGCGAUUGUCCAGAAGAAAGCUUUCGAUGUGAGACCGGAGGCGGUUGCGUAACAUCUGACAAAAAAUGUGAUGGUCUUUAUGACUGCGCCGAUAGAUCCGAUGAAUGGGGCUGCAUUGCAUUAAAAGCAAAUAAUUCGGAAACAUCUAAUGAAACAGUCUCAAAUAUUUUGAGAUUGUCCAACGUCGGAGCUAAAUGGUUACCGGUUUGUGCAAUUGGCUGGAAUGAAAACGCUUCAUUGUUGGUUUGCCAAGAACUUGGUUUUGCUAAAAGCCUAAAUACAGAGACUGUUGCUAACACUGAUGAUUAUAAUGAGUUUUAUGUGAUUUCACAUAAGCCUAUCUCUCUGAAUCAAAAAUUAAUGGCUCAAGUUCAAGCAACUGAUAAAUGCGAUGAUGGCUUGAUUUCAGUGACUUGUGAGGAAUACUCUUGUGGAAACAAUGCUCCUUUACCUAAAGAUGGAAUUUCAAGUAGAAUAGUAGGAGGUGAAGAAAGUAUUCGCGAGCAGUGGCCCAGUGUUGCCUUACUUUUUAAUGAGGCAGGCCAAAAGUGUACUUCUACUAUAAUUUCUCCAAAAUGGGUGAUAUCUAGUCUAAGUUGUUUGGGUGAUUCUGUCACUCAGAACUAUUCUGACUGGCAACUCUUUGCCGGCGGAGCGCAAUUCCAAUUAACAGAUGAUCACAGCAAGAGUGGUGAAUUAUCUCAAAUUCGAAGAAUUAAAAGUAUGAUUCCUUAUCCACAGGCAAAAUAUAAACAAUUCAUGUUUGACGGUGAUGUUGUUUUACUGGAGCUUUCUGAGUCACUAAGUUUUGGUUCAACCAUCAAUACUGCUUGUUUGGCUAGUGAUAGUCUCGCACCAAGAGAAAUUUGUGUCACUGUUGGUUGGGGUUUGCAAAAUACUGUUGAAGGUAAUAAUGUAAGUUCUCAAGUUUUACAUUAUCUUCCUGUACCUACAAUAGAGUCAGCAUUUUGCAAUUCAAGUCGUCAUUUUAACGGACUUCUACCUGCUGGUGCCAUAUGCGCUGGCUACACAGGAAGCCAAAAAACUCCUUGUUAUAAUGAUGAAGCCGCACCUUUAAUGUGCUUUUCUGAUGAAAGGCAUGCUUGGGGACUGCAGGGUACUUUGAGUUAUCAUGGGAAUUGUGGACAAAGUCCUCAUCCUGCUGUAUUUUCUUUAUUCACAACAUCAACUUUAAAAUGGAUUGAAAAUACAGUAGGAAAUAAUUUAAUGCUUAGACAAUUAACUAAUGUUGUCUAGUUGGCUUUUUUAAAAAAUAGGAAGUGAUUACAAUUAA